AUGUCGAUGGGCUAUCUGGUUGGAGAUGCUGCUCCGGUGGUAUGGCGUGGUCUUAUGGUUAUGAAGGCUCUCCAGCAGCUUUUACACGAAGUCGAUUGGGGGGGGUUAGAUAUUCUUGUGCUAGAUUUGCCGCCCGGGACAGGAGAUACUCAGUUGACAAUUACACAGCAGAUUGUGCUUGAUGGUGCUGUCAUCAUAUCAACGCCGCAAGACAUCGCUCUGAAGGAUGCCGUAAAGGGGAUAAACAUGUUUAAGACAGUCAAGAUCCCAUUACUCGGUAUGAUACAGAAUAUGUCGCUCUUCACAUGUCCACAUUGCCAUAAUAGCACGCAUAUCUUCGGAUCGCAUUCUGGUGUAACCCAUGCGUGCAAGGAGCAUGAUAUCCCUUUCCUAGGCGAUAUACCCCUGCAUGCAAGCAUUUGCGACGAUGCAGAUAGGGGAAAGCCUACCGUUGUUGCUGAGCCGGAAAGCGACAGAGCUAAGGCGUUUAUGGCCAUCGCGGACGAACUCGGUAGAAAGAUCGGGUUAUGA